AUGCCGGAUUCAUACAAAGAUUUUAAAAAGUCGUUCAUAAAAAAGAUGAAGCCUUUCGAGGUCCCUCAUUUUGGACGUCACAGUUUAUCGGUUUUGAAAAAUCCAGAUCUCGAACCAAUGCCAAUAAGCAGAAGACUUUGGGGCUUUUGGUCAUAUUUUGGUUAUUGGGCAGUUCCAAAUGUUUCUGUCUUCACAUAUUCCAUUGGAUCCUCGCUUCUUUCCUUAGGAUUAAAUAUACAAAACACAAUUGGCGCUAUUACCAUAGGAAAUAUACUCAUUAUUUUGUAUACAUGUUUCAGUGCCAAACCAGGUAGUAUCUUCAAGAUAGGAUACACCGUUUGCCAAAGAAUGCUAUUUGGAAUUUAUGGAUCUGCUCUCGGCAUUAUAAUCAGGAUUAUGUUGUCAAUUGUUUAUUUUGCUUCACAGUCUUGGCUUGGUGGACUUGGUGUUGUUGUUAUGCUAAGUUCCUGGAGUAAAGGAUACAUGGAUAUGAAAAAUACAUUUUCUCUAAGUGUUCCAAUGACAACGAGAGACUUUAUUGCUUUCUUGUUAUUCAACAUAAUUGAGUAUUUCUUCUUCUUUAUUCGACCAGAAAAGAUGGGUCCCUUGGUGAACGGUUCAUGCUUCAUUACAUUGAUUGCAAUGUUUGGCGUGUUUGGUCAUGAAUUGCAUAAAUGCUAUGCAUUGACCGGGGGUCCGGGAUCUAUGUGGUACGAAAGUAAUAGUGUGAAAAGUUCCGAGGUGGGCUGGACAUGGUUACAAGCCAUUACUAUAUUUUAUGGUGCGGUUUCUCCAAAUUGUACCAAUAUGAGUGAUUAUUCUCGUUUCAGCAAAUCUCCAAAGCAAAUGUACUGGGGAAUUAUUCUUUCCAUUAUGCUUUCGGGUAUGUUAGUUCCUAUCAUGGGAAUGGUUACGGCCUCAAAUACGCAGGAAAAUUAUGGUGAGGCUAUGUGGCUUCCUACAGAUGUUUGUCUUCGCUGGAUGAAAGAUAAUUAUUCUUCGGGAACUCGAGCUGCUAGCUUCUUCUGUGGUCUUGCAUUUGCAUCUUCCCAACUUACGUUUAAUGUGUUAGCUAAUGGAUUCGCAGGAGGAAUGGAUCUUUCUGCUGUUUGUCCAAGAUAUAUCAACAUUUUUAGAGGUGCUAUUAUUACAGCACUAGUUUCUUGGGUUUGCCAGCCUUGGACAUUCUACAAUACUGCCUCGGCAUUCAACAACACUAUGGCAUCAUUUGGUGUUGUGAUGUCACCAAUAAUGGGUCUUUUGGUCUCGGACUUUUGCUUUGUCCGGAAGAAGAGAGUCAGAGUGUCAAAUUUAUUUACAUUAGACAAAAAUGGGGACUUCUAUUUUUCCCAUGGCGUUAACUGGAGAUCAAUAAGCUGCUUCUUUCUCGCAGUCAUUCCAGGGAUGCCUGGUUUAGCUGCUACAGUCAACACAAAUAUUCACAUCCCAAUCGGUUUAAUGCAUUACUUUCAGAACAGUACCGUGUUUUCAUUUUUCUGUCCCUUGAUUUUGUACUACAUAUUAUGCCGUAUUUUCCCGCUAAAGAAUGCUGGAACAAUGGAUCCUGAGGAUUACUUCGAUGUGAUGACUGAGAAGGAACUUCAGAAAUUGGAUAUGAGGCCUUUCUCUGGUGAUCCUGCCGUUAUUGAAAGUGCCUCUUCUAAUAUGGGUUCAAUUGAAAUGGAAAAGGUUUCAGCUAAGGUUACAGUUGAAGCUGCGGUUUGA